CUCCUUUGCUCUUAAAGUGGGAACAGAAAGGUUGGGAUAAUGAGUGUCUUUUUUAGCAGCUACUGAUUAGGCUGCUGCUCCCCAGCAGCGUGCCAAGCUCGGCAACCCACUGGCAUUUUAUCUGUCACGGCUUCCGGAAAAUGCCUGCGAGCGAACCAAGAAGUGGCGGUGUGGGCUCGAGACGACUCCCCCUGUCGUCUGACAGUCUGAAGAGAGGUGAUGGUUUAAAGGGAUUCAUUAGCAUGAGACAGAAGCAGAGCAUCGAGGCUCAUCCCCUCACGGCGAUGCAACACGAGUUCCCAAAUGGAUAUGUGCUCAGUGUGGUGACACACAGAGCAUGUUAAACUGCCUCUUGUCAGUGAAUCCUCGUUCUUUGUCUCCCUCAUGUGUCCCUGGUGUUGAAGCACCCCAGAGCCGGUAGCCGUCAGGACGCUCCGGUCAGGUGAUGCGUAUCUGAAGCCUCCUUCACCAGUAACAUCUGGAUUUAGCCUUCAGUUGGAAAGGCACUGCAUAUCUUGAUCAUGUGAUCACUACAUGUACUACUAUGAGUAAAGUUAUAGCAGACAUAGUUCAUGAGGAGCCCCUGCGUUGCAGCCGGGCUCAUCCCUCCUCUGAUUCAGCUGCUGCACUCCGACAACCAGGAGGUGCUGCUGCAGACGGGCCGGGCGCUGGGCAACAUCUGUUACGACAGCCAUGAGGGCAGGAGUGCCGUUGACCUGGCAGGAGGGGCUCAGAUAGUAGCUGAACACAUUAAGUCCCUCUACCAAAAUACUGAGCCGGAAAAUGAGAAGCUCUUGACUGUCUUUUGUGGCAUGCUGAUGAACUAUAGCAAUGAUAAUGAUUCCUUACAAGCUCAGCUGAUUAGUAUGGGAGUGAUUCCCACUCUGGUGAAGCUGCUCGGCAUCCACUCCCACAACACAGCGCUCACGGAAAUGUGUCUGAUCGCCUUUGGGAAUCUGGCUGAGCUCGAGUCCAGCAAAGAGCAGUUUGCCUCCACCAACAUUGCCGAGGAGCUGGUGCGUCUCUUCCAUAGGCAGACGGAGCACGAGAAGAAGGAGAUGAUUUUUGAGGUUCUGGCUCCACUCGCAGAAAAUGAUGUGAUAAAGCUCCAGCUGGUGGAGGCCGGCCUGGUGGAGUGCCUCCUGGAGGUGGUGGCUCAGACUGUGGACGGAGAGAGGGAGGAGGACAUCGCCCAGCUCAAGACGGCCUCCGACCUCAUGGUUCUCCUGCUGCUGGGAGAUGAGUCCAUGCAGAAGCUGUUUGAGGGGGGAAAGGGCAGUGUCUUCCAGAGGGUCCUGUCCUGGAUUCCAUCCCAUAACCACCAGCUUCAGCUCGCCGGCGCUCUGGCAAUCGCCAACUUUGCUCGCAACGAUGGGAAUUGCAUCCACAUGGUGGACACUGGCAUUGUGCAGAAGCUUCUGGAGCUGUUAGACCGGCACGUUGAAGAAGGCAACGUCACCGUUCAGCACGCAGCACUGAGCGCCCUGAGGAACCUCGCCAUACCCGUGGUGAACAAGUCCAAGAUGCUGUCGGCUGGAGUAGCAGACAUGGUGUUGAGGUUCCUGCAGUCCGAGAUGCCUCCAGUCCAGUUCAAGCUGCUGGGCACGUUACGCAUGCUCAUCGAUACUCAAGCUGAAGCCGCAGACCAGCUGGGAACCAAUGGGAAGCUGGUGGAGAGGCUGGUGGAGUGGUGUGAAGCCAAAGACCACGCAGGGGUGAUGGGCGAGUCCAACCGGCUGCUGUCGGCCCUCAUUCGACACAGCAAGUCCAAGGAAGUCGUGAGGACCGUCAUCCAGGGAGGAGGAGUCAAGCACUUGGUUACCAUGGCAACCAGCGAGCAUAUGAUUAUGCAGAAUGAAGCUCUGGUGGCAUUGGGGCUCAUAGCGGCGCUGGAUCUGGCCUCAGCUGAGAAGGACUUUAUGGGAGCCGACUUGGUGUCGGUGCUCCACAAGCUGCUGUCCGACGAGCAGAGCGCUCCGGAGAUCAAGUACAACUCCAUGAUCCUCACCUGUGCAGUGAUGGGCUCAGAGCCCCUCCACAAAGAGGUCCAGAGCCUGGCGUUCAUCGACGUGGUCUCCAAGCUGAGGGCCCACGAGAACAAGACGGUCUCCCACCAGGCGUCACUCACAGAGCAGCGGCUAACUGCCCAGAGCUAAAUGACUGUCUGGCCCCGCCCACAACCCCCCCCCCCACCCCCACACAACGCCCGGUCACCCAGUGCCACCUCAUGACUGCUCCCCCCCUGUGCUCUAUCUUCACGUGCCAAGGUACCAUGUCGCGUUAACUGCCAGCCAAGACCCCCUCUUGCCCCCCCCCCAGGGUUAGACUCAUGCCCCGCCCCCCCAGGGUUAGACUCAUGCCUCAUGCCCCGCCCCCCCAGGGUUAGACUGAUGUGGACUGGUUCGACAAGUCAUGCAAUCUGACCAUUUUAUCUAGAAUUACAACAAUAAACCUAGAAUUUAAUCCUCCAGAGGCAGAAGCAGUUUGUAAGACUGGUGUCACCUCUGGAAGCCAUAAGAAUAAUAAUGAGAUCUAUUUAGGUGGGUCAGCGGGUCCUUAAACCUGGUCCCCCUGCAUCAGUCCAGUCCUGGACUAGCAGGUCCUUAAACCUGGUCCCCCUGCAUCAGUCCAGUCCUGGACUAGCAGGUCCUUAAACCUGGUCCCCCUGCAUCAGUCCAGUCCUGGACUAGCAGGUCCUUAAACCUGGUCCCCCUGCAUCAGUCCAGUCCUGGACUAGCAGGUCCUUAAACCUGGUCCCCCUGCAUCAGUCCAGUCCUGGUCUAGCAGGACCUUAAACCUGGUCCCCCUGCAUCAGUCCAGUCCUGGACUAGCAGGUCCUUAAACCUGGUCCCCCUGCAUCAGUCAAGUCCUGGUCUAGCAGGACCUUAAACCUGGUCCCCCUGCAUCAGUCCAGUCCUGGACUAGCAGGUCCUUAAACCUGGUCCCCCUGCAUCAGUCCAGUCCUGGUCUAGCAGGACCUUAAACCUGGUCCCCCUGCAUCAGUCCAGUCCUGGUCUAGCAGGACCUUAAACCUGGUCCCCCUGCAUCAGUCCAGUCCUGGUCCUCCUCCUCUUGUGCAUGCAUCUCCUGCUACACCGGCGCUGAGGCUCCAUCCACAGCCCAACGCAAUAGAGAAGAGACAACACUCUUCUACGACCAUAGCUGUGAGACCACCAGGGGGAAAAGUGCACAAAAGAACAACAACAAAAAGACUUCCUGUUGUGAUUUCUCCUUCAUUUUUAAGAAGAGCAGCCCUCCAUGAUGUCCCACGUAGCUGGAGUGUAAAGCGACUAGAAGCUGUGCAUGUUGUCGUCCUGUUGACGGUGUGCCGUGUUCAUUUGACCUCCACUCGCACUGCUUUUUGUUGCACUUGUUGUUUGGGCUCGGCUUCAUAGAUUUUUAUCAGAUUUUAAAUACCACAGUAGUCCAAACACAUUUCCUCUGUACAGUGAACGCACCACGUCCCUGACGGAACCGGGUGAGACCGGCGCAGUCGUCCCUCCUCGGACCUCGAAGGUGAGGAUAGUCGUGUCAGGGGGCACACGGUAACAACACGUUCACCGGAGCUCGUCUCUGACUUCACAUGGAUGCUAUUGGCUUCAAUCAAAAAGACUGCUUCAUGUUCGGGUUGCUCUCCCUGGCAUGUCUCUCAUCUUCUCGGUCCUUAGGCAGAUCGCCUGUCCAACAGCCGAGCUCUUUGACACGCUGCAUACACACAUUCCUGAACGCUGUACGAGCUCCAGAACAUAUCAAUAGAUCCUAUGUCCUCAACAUGAGAUGGUAAUCUAUGAAGAGCCAAGAACAAGAGCCCCAAAAGAACUGAGGAACGUGGCUGUGUGAAGUGUGUGUGUGUUGUGGAGCAAAGUAUUCAACCACAGGUCCACGUGGUUUCUGCUAACACGUCAGCAUGUUCACAUGUUCAUCACAUGUUUCCUGGUCUGGCCCAUGCUUCUUUUCUUGUUUUUUAAAGGUAUGAAUGGUUAUUUAUCAGAAGUGAGCUCUGCGCCUGUGGAGAUGUUUCCAUAGUAACUAUAAACUUUAGUGUUUGUUGUACAUGUCAUGAGUUGUACAUUUGGAGGAUUGUAACUCAGCAGAUAAUUAAAAGAUGAUAGCUGGU